AUGGCGCAGAGUAGUCACUCACCGGAGAACGGUGUGGACGGGGACGACGAGAGGGAGGAGGAAGAGGAGGAAGAAGCAGAGGAAGGUGACCAGGUGGGUGCAGACGAUCAUGACGAGGAGCCCAGGCUGAAGUACCAAAGGAUGGAAGGGAGCGUACCCUCUCUCCUCUCCACAGACGCUGCUUCAUCUAUUUCCAUCUCCGAGAGGAUGAUCGCCCUCGGUACGCACGGUGGUGUCGUCCACAUCCUCGAUUUCCAGGGGAACCAGGUCUCCUCUAUCUCUCUCUCUCUCCCUCUUUUUUUUAUCUUCCUUUCUUUCCAUCCCUCUUGAAUUUUGCAUCCCUCUUCGCAUAUCUUAUUGCCAUCACUUCCCUUCUCAGCUCAUUCACUCUCACAAUCAAUAAGUGUAAUUUUUUUGGUUCGACUUUGCAAUCUGUGAACUAUUGGACGAGGCUGCUAAAUAUAUACACAGAGUAUGCAAUUCGCUUGCCGCAGAAGGGAUAGGGAAACUAGCGCAAUCUGCAUAACUUCAUUUCAGGUCACAGAAAACAAAUUACAUACGUGGAGAAUGAUUCUCCUGGAAGGUUUUACUGUUUAGUUGAUAUUGAUAUGCAAUGGAAUAGAUGAACGGGGAGGAGAUAUAAUGCUUUUUGGGAUAACUCUGAGGGAACAUUAAAGAGCAUUACGGAAAAAGGCUUCUUCCGGUUGCAGGAGGAAGAUAUCAGAGGUUCUGUAGCUAUGACAGCAUCGGCAUAUUAAUCACACAGUUGGCCGUUGCGGCGUGUAUUUGCCCUCUUAUGUUCAUUUUGUUUGUGUAGAGUACUGAUUGACUUCAUCAGUUUUCUUGGGACGGAAUCAGAGUUUCCAUCGUCCGUAAACAGGCGUUCUUCUGAAAAGAGGAGACGCUUAUUCAAUGGCUUAUAUAUUUUAAUAUAGCCGGGUUUGAUCAGCCUCUGAAAGGGUUCACAUGUUGGCAUUCGAAUAAAAAGCGAAAUAAUGUUUGUCAAUAUUUUCCGGUUUCUCUGGUGACGAAUAAUCCGUAUUCCCCGCUUCUUAGUAGCUUUGAACAUGCUGAUAAUUUAAAAAGAAGUUAAAGCUAAAAAAAUGAUCUUUAUCUCGAAUGAAACAUAUGACUUCACUUGCUUGGAGAGGUGAGUAAGGUUUUCAGUUCGAGUUUGGUAAUGUGACGUAUACUUGUUUCGAAAGGAUAGGGGAGCAAAUGUCUGAAAUUUUAUAAUACCCUAAUGUCGGGAAGCAGAUGAAUGACAUUGCUCGAUUAACAGGGAUACAAAAUAUUUUGGAUCCCGUGUUCGUGAAGAAACCUAAAAUAUGGGGAAAAAUAGAGCAAUCUGAGUCGUUUUUUCUUCUGUGGGAAAAAAUUAACGGCUCCUGAUUUUAAAGGCUCGGUUACUGAAGGAAGAAGAAUGCAGUUUGCAGUCUAAUCUCUUAAUAUUUUAUGUCACGAUGAUGCACAACCUCUGCAAAUUAAAAGAAGUUUAUGGGGUUGGAGGGGUGAUGCAGUUAUUCAAAGAAGGAUGUUCUCACAGUGCUCCCUUGCAUGUUUUGUACAGGCCACGUAGCGAACAUGUGUAAUGUAGAGUAUGAACUGCAAAGGCACUGCUGUGAUUAUCGCUGAACUUUUGAUUGGCAUGUUAGGAAUCUCUCACAUCAUGUGCUUAAAUUUUUUCUCUGUCAUCAGAACAAUUUUUCACAAGGUACACGGAAAAUUUUGGAAAACUCUAGAUGAGGCUAUUUCAAUUUAUGAGAAGUACCUAAAAAUGGGUCUGUUACAACUGUUUCUCCAUACUUUUCAGUUUAUUAUCUAGCUUUUUAGAAAAAUGUGCUCGAAUUGCCACGUGUAUAUUAUUUGAUUUUCUAGUCGUAACACCUGGGAACUAAACAAAAAUUAUGUCAUGGCAAAACAACUGUUCCCUGUAGCCGCCUCAUGAUAUAAAGAGAGUUGGCGUGUUAUUGAGAUACUUGUUGGAAGGCCUUCAUGUAGGUUUAAACAGUUAUCAGUAUGGUGUUAACUUCGCAACCACUGGGGAAUUGGGAGGGAUUUAUGUGCAACACUUUUUGGCGGGUCAAAACAUUACUUUGAUGUUUAAGAACUGAGAAUAGGUGUGUAAUGUUAUUUCGCUAAUGAUAUACGGUGUAUGGGCUUAAAUUCAAGUUUACAUAAAUUUAGUUUAAGUUCCAGCAUUGGAAGUGAUUGAAAUUCGAAUUCAACUAAUUGCAAAUCUUUCCAAAUUCUUGGUUAUUUUGCAUUCUCUUCUUUGAGCUAUUUUUGUUCUUUAUUUCUUUUUUUUUUCUUUCAGGUUAAGGAAUUUCAUGCUCAUUCUGCCACAGUAAAUGACCUUAGUUUUGAUUCAGAAGGGGAGUACAUCGGAAGUUGCUCAGAUGAUGGGUUAGUGGUUAUCAACGGCCUGUUUACUGAUGAGUGCUUCAAGUUUGUGUAUCAUCGCCCCAUGAAAGCACUUGCUCUAGAUCCAGAUUUUUCUCGAAAGUCAUCUCGAAGGUUUGUCACUGGUGGUUUAGCUGGUAAUCUCCUGCUAAAUGCAAAGACGUGGCUGGGCUACCGUGACAAGGUAUUGACAUGUCUGUGUUCUGACAUGAGGAUCAACAAUUUGGAAAACUUUGAAACACUUUAAGCUUCUGAUAUUAUGAUAUCAUGUUCCAUUUGUUAUUUCAGGUUUUGCACUACGGUGAAGGACCUGUACAUGCUGUGAAGUGGAGAACUACUCUUAUUGCUUGGGCCAAUGAUGCAGGUGUGAAGAUAUAUGAUAUGGGAAAUGAUCAACGUAUUGCAUUCAUUGAAAAACCCCGAGGAAACCCACGGCCUGAACUCUUGCUACCACACAUUGUUUGGCAGGUUUGUUUUAGAUUAAGAAAAAGUAAUCCAUAAACCAGGUUAUACUUCCAAGAUAUCUUGACCGCUUCUUCCAAUCUCUAGGAUGACACUCUUUUGGUUAUUGGAUGGGGAAGAAGCAUAAAGAUUGCUGCCAUAAGGACAAAACCAUCUCAAGGAGUUAAUGGAAUAGAAAAGACUGCCAAUAUAUCAUCAACAAAAUAUGCGGAUAUUGUGGCAUCUUUCCAAACGAGCUAUUUCAUUUCUGGCAUUGCACCAUAUGGUGAUGCUCUGGUUGCGCUGGCAUACAUUUCCGAAGAAUACAGUGGAGGGAUAGUCUUGAGUAACACCAUUCCUUCCCGUCAGGUAACUUAUGACUGUUUUAUUGGUGCAAGUUUAUUUUUUCCUGGGUACAUCCAACAGUUAUUUUCUCUCAUAUUUUAUUUUAUGUUCUUUUUUCUAUCAUCACCUAUCCAUUAAAUAAUCUACAAUACUUGAAAUAAACGUCACCAAAAGAAUUACUGUUCUAUUUGUGCAAGUUUUUCCUUAAUAAGCAUGCAGUUGUGUUUUUCUUUGUAAAAUUGAUAUAUUUAAAUAUUAUCAUGACGUAAUUUCUCUAUUUUUCGCAUUUUAUACCUAUUCCUUCUAUAGAAGCAACUAUAUUAGUUCUAUGAGUGAGCUUUUUGCAUCCUCAGUGUCUUGAUGUACCGCUGCAGAUUAAAGUUUAAUAUCAAAUGGUUUACAAUAAGGUGGCUAAUGGAAAGAUCAUAUGUUGACAGUUGGUACAAAACAGAUUCAUGUGAACUCCCAACUACAAAGGAAUCUGGUUUGAAAGCUUAGUAGGUUAGUGGGAAACAUUUUUAUUAGAUGAGAUGACUUUGGAUCUUUGCUGAAGUUCCAAAAGUUCAUUAUAUAUAUUGGUGACCGGUUAUAGGUAACUUAGUUUUAGUUGAUGUGUUUCAUUGAGUUCUCAUGAUGUGUUUCAUUGCUCUUGUAAACAAUAGCAAUUUAUUCAAUCCACAGACAAAUCUACUGAGGCAAUAUCAUUCAUCUUUACUUAAGGGAUCUGAAUAAGCUAAUUAACUCUUAUUAAUCGUAUGCAAGCUUUCUUUUCUACUUCGUCCUGCCUCGCGAAUUUUGUGUGACACCAACCUCUCUCUAUUUCGGUACAGGAUUGGCUAAUCCUUUAUUUGAGCGAGUUCAAUAUGCUUUUGUUUCCAACAUUUGAUGAAUUUUGACAAUAUUUAUACAUUUAUUUUUGGUCAUCAAGGCUAUAAUGAUCAUUAGAUGAAGUUUCAACUUGGACGACUAGUUUCUGAGCAUCUCACAUCUACACUUGUGAAGAAACAGAAUUCUGUUACUGAUUGGCAUGUAACUUAAGGAGACAAUUUCUCAAGUUUUUAAUGUAUAUCUUCUAUUGAUGAAGUAAACCAGAUGGACGUGGAUACGCAAGUCAAGUACAUCUCAGGAUGUGUUAUUAUCUUUUCCUGGGAAUAUAAUCCCAAAGUGCUGAUAUAGAUUAUAUCACUGUGGAGCCUAGCAGAAUAAUUCUGUUAUCUAAUCUGGAUUUGCCCUCUCAACCAAAAAGGCUCUAUGUUUUUAUGUUGAGAAUAGCAUGACAGAUGUCGAGUUAACCUGAUGGAGUACAGGACGGUGGAGCCCACCCUUCUCCACAUCAGCGUGGUCUGGUUUGAAAGCCGCCUCUGCUUCUUGAGUUGUGGCAUUGGGACAGACAAAAACCACAGCAACGGAAGGACCGAGGCAAGAUUGGGUGUGGAGGGAGAGAAAAUUAAAAGAGAAUAUAAGAUAAACUACAUUAGGUAGAAAAAUGAAGAGUUUAAGCUCUUGUACUUCGAUAGAACUGUCAUCCUGUCGUGCUAUAUCUACAACAUUAUCCCGAGUGUCUCCUAAUUCACUCAGAUCCGAUCCUUCCAAAGGGGAUCGUAUCAUACUGAAUCUCAGCGUAUUUAUAGUCCUCCCACGUGGUGUGCACGUGUCUCCCUUUAUGCCUUCUAUAUGUCAGUAAUGGGGUUGUAAAACAGUACUGUGGGUGAAAUAGAUCUUAGUUUAAAAAAUAUAUAUUAAUUUUUUUUCCAAAAGAUCCUAUUUGUUCAAUAAACUGGUAAAGUGCUCGUAAUACUUUCGUUGGAAAAUUUUGGAUUGAAUAUAUGGAUUAUUUCAUUUAAAUGAUUAUUAGGAAUCUGUGAUUCAAACUUUUUUAAAGCAUAAACUCGUUGAAAGUUUUGUUGUCGUACUUUUGUUUGAGAAAAGAUGGAUUUGAUUUCUCAGCAGGGAACUGCACAGAGACCCGAAGUACAUAUUGUUACAUGGAAGAAUGAGGAGCUCACUACUGAUUCUCUUCCUGUACAUGGUUUUGAACACUACUUGGCCAAGGAUUAUGGCCUUGCUCAUGCUCCCUUCACUGGUAUGGUGUCUCCCAUUUAUAUUACCAUCAUAAAAAUAAAUUUCUUGAAAUAAUUUUAAUUCCAUUUUAGGUGAUGUGAACUAUUAAACUCAAAAUUUUAAUGUAGGAAGCAGUUAUGCAGGCGGUCAGUGGGCUGCAGGUGAUGAACCUCUGUACUAUAUUGUAUGUCCAAAGGAUGUAGUUAUUGCGAGGCCUAGGUUAGUUACCUUUAUUGUUCACUGCAUCUCGCUUUCCAUUGUAGUUUUGUGAGUCCCGAUUUUGAGAAUCAAAAUUUUAUCAUCAGAGACUCAAAAAGUCUGAAGGCAUAAUAAUUUUACUACUUUCUCUUUGUUUCUGAUAUGUGUUACUAUUCACAAAAAAGAGGGGAGAAAUAUUGUUCUGUAUGUCAAUCACUUGAUAAGUUAUUUUCCUCUGGAAAUGAUCACCUUGUGGUAAAAUGUAACCCAACCUGUUUUUCUAUUCAUCAAGCCUAACCUCAAUUAUCUGAGUUUUAGGGAUGCUGAAGAUCAUAUAUCCUGGCUUCUUCAGCAUGGUUUUCAUGAAAAAGCUUUAGCUGCAGUCGAAGCGGGGCAGGGGCGCACCAAGCUUCUUGAUGAGGUGUGCUGGAUGAAGUUAAUUUUUCUUAUUCUAUUUUUGUCCUUUCGGGCAUUUCUUUUAUUACUAAAUAAAGUUUUAUAAUAGGUGCCGCAUGAAAAAGUGUGCUUGCAUUUUGAGUUUGCAAGUUCUCAUGCCUUUCCUAGCUGAGGCGCUGUUUUAACAUUUUCUUGAGUACUUGAGAUCCUUAUUUGAAGCGAAUGAAUCUGUUUUAUGUUAUCUAGCGUGGGGAUUUUAAGGAAAGAAUUUAAAAGCAGUCAUAUAAAAUCAUAUGGGUUUGGACUCAGUUUAAUGGAUAAUCGGUUCUAGAAUCUUUUUGUGAGAGUUGACGAAGGUUCAUUGUUUUUAGUCUAAUGAAAAGCCCUGAAAUGAUAUCCGGACAACACUUGAUUAUAUCGCAGUUGAAAUGCCUGUUACAGUAGUACGGUUCAAGAUGCAUCUGACACUUUGCUCUAAAUGCCACAUCAGUUCUGGGCUUUGGCUGGGGAAUAAAAUUCGUUUAUGAACAGAGGUAUUGACUGAAUGGAGGAAUGCCACGUUUUCUUGGACCAAAUUUGUUUAUGCCUGUUUUCUUCGAGGCAGCAUGUUGAACAAAAAAAUGGAACAAGUUGUAAAAGAAAGAGAAAAUUACUUUUUUAUUUCCUCGAUCAAAAGAGAAUUAGGCGAAUCAUCUUUUGCUUUAAUGAAAACUCUGAAGAGAGCUUUUGAAGAAUUGUGUUAGUUUAAUGCAACUUUUGUAUCUCAUAGAUCUGUGUGUUUGUCUGUUUCUAAACGCCUUGUGCUUUCAAGAAUUAUUCGUGGAAUGCAUUUGCUUUCUCAUCUCACGAUUUUCGGACUGUGGUCUGUCAGAAAUAGAUAUCUUUUCUGUACAAUAAAGGUCGGUUUUAUGAUUUUACCAGUGUGCCAAUGCCACCUUUUUCCCAUGGUAGGAAUACAGUUUAGAGUGUGUUUUUUUUGGUUUAUCUGUUUUCUUUCUCCCUAGGCUUCUCAAAUUUAUUUCUCAAUGUAUUUCUCGAUAAGGCUAUACUCCUAUCCCGUGUUAAGAUUUUUUUUUCUUUGAAAUGUACAUAUAAAAGAAGAGAGCUCAAUAACAAAUCCUGGUGUGAUCAUUCAUACUAAGAUAUUGAUUUAAAUGCCACAUCUCGAAGUUGAUAAAUUGUUCACUUAAAGUUGAUGUACCUUUUCCUUCUCUUUUGUUUGGUAACCCGGAUAGUUUUUAGUGCCCAUCCCUUACAUAAAGGCAGAUUUAGGUCCUUUACAUGUAUAAUCGUUAACUGUGCGGAUUGUGGGAAGCAUGUGCGCUAUAAUUGAAUCUGAAUAUUAAUUUUAGGGAGGAUUUUCUUGUCAUUUCUUUUCCAUUGUCUCGUGUAUGAAGUCUCAUCGAUUUUUCGGUUUGUUUUUUCUUGACUUAAGGUUUUGUUUUUGAGGAAGCAAGCACAUAGAGGAAAUGGCUCAACAUUCCACUCUUAUUGAAUAUGCGUCUCGAAUACAAUAAUGGAUUGAUUUACAUUCCUUUUCUAUUACUGUCACGCUGAAGAAAGGAAGGGCUAUCUACAAUACAAACGUCACAAUCAAUGUCAUUUUUUUUAACUUAACAGUUGGUUUCCCGUUUUAAGUGGUACUGCUUUUCUGAUUAUAGAAUGUCAUCUAACUGUGAAUCUUUUUAUAUGGUCAGGUGGGAUCUAGAUAUCUUGAUCAUUUGAUUGUCGAAAGGAAAUACGCUGAAGCUGCAUCCUUAUGUCCUAAGUUACUUCGUGGUUCUGCUGCAGCAUGGGAAAGGUACCCUUGGAACACCUUCUGCUAGUCUGUAUUUGUGGUUCUGGAAAUUGACCAGGUGUCCCUGACAGAUGGGUUUUCCAUUUUGCUCAUCUACGUCAGCUUCCUUCUCUGGUUCCCUAUAUGCCGACUGCAGAUCCUCGGUUGAGUGAUACUGCUUAUGAGGUCCCAUAAUGCUCAUCCUUUGUUUAUUUUUGGUUUUGUAUAAAUUUUAUUACUUUCCUGUAGAAUUUGUUGAUGCUUAUUUUUCUCACGUGAAAGCAUUAAUCAUUUAGGUCGCACUCGUUGCCUUGGCAAAUAAUCCAUCUUCUCAUAAGGACCUCCUAUCAACUGUUAAAUCAUGGCCGCCAGAGUUAUAUUCCGUUUUGCCAGUUAUUUCUGCUAUUGAACCUCAACUAAAUACACCAUCGACGACCGAACUUCUUAAAGAGGUAUCAUUUUUGUGUCGAAAUGAGGAUUUAUUCAUGUUUAUUCUUUCUGUUUUAAUAACUGUCUUUUUUUUUCUACAACAAGGCACUGGUUGAGCUAUAUGUGAUCAAUAAACAGUAUGAGAAAGCCUUUGCGUUAUAUGCUGAUGUAAGUAUUUCAGUUUAUGUUUUUUGUAUUUUAGGGUAAAGAGAGUUAGGCAAUAAUGUAUGGUACUAAACAGAUGUAAAAGAGCCGGUUUGCUAAUUAGUUAGGAUUAACUAUGUUAAUCUAUCCUCGGUUAUGGAUUCUUGUUUUUCUGCCAUUCAGCUUGAUAACACGCUUAUUUCUAUAAUAGGUUAGCCCAACUUAACUUAGUUUUCAGUUAAGUGACUGAACUGAAAUCCGUAAUCAGGGCGGGUUCCCACCAUUUGGCUCUUUUGGUCUAGUGAAUUAAGCAACUUUAUCUGAGUUUACACCUAACUGGGCCUCUAGUGACUUGCUCGGCGUUUUGCCAAACUUGGAUGGCUUGGCUAUCUUGGGGAAAAUCGGAUAACGCAGCCUAUUCCAGUUCUAAUUGGCCGUCAAUCCACUGCAAAAAGAUCAAAAGUCAGUCAUUUCUCAUCUUUCGAUGUAUAUACUAGGGACAUUACUAUGUCCAUUAUAUCUUUUACCCGUCAUUGUCAUCUUCUUUCAUCUCCUGGCUCAUACUGAGGACCUUCACCUGUUGCGGUUCUAUUCCAUGUGAAUAAUACAUGGUACCUGAUCUGAAUUUCAGUGAUGAAAAGACACUGUUGCAAAUCUCAUCAAUGUAUCUAUCUUGUUGCAAACUAAUUUCAUUUCUUUUUCCUUUUUCUCAGAUGAUGAACCCUGAAGUGUUUGAUUUUAUUGAGAAUCACAGUUUGCAUGAUCUUAUUCAAGGCAAGGUUAGUUAGUUCUUAAAAAGCAUGCUAAGAUUAUUCCUACUAUCUUCCUUUUGAACUUGUCAGUGGUUCUAAGAAUGCAUCAUUAGUCGAAUUGUUGCCAGUAUAAUCUUGUCUCUUUGUAGUGUAUUACUUCACAAAAAUGAUUAGUGUAAAAGAAGAAAACAACCACUUGGCUAUAAUGGAAUUUGGGCUAUUGAUGGUAAUGAUGACUGGGGAUGGAACGAGUUACCCCAAAAAUAACUGAUUAACCGUUAAACUGUUUUUAUUUUUUACAAAGGUGUGUAAACUAGAAUAAAUAAUCACAACCGGUUCCAAUCUGCUAAGAAGAAAAUGUCUCCUAAAAUAACUACAAAAACAUUCAAUUUCGUGAAUCAGGGCUAAUGGCUGAUCAAAACUCAUCCUUUUCCCGGCAAAUACAGCGGAGCUCAUUCCUGUUUGAACUGGCCAUGUUUUUGUUCCUUGAUAUGAGGAGGGAGGGGUUGAAGAUGUAGAAUAAAAUGAAUUCAUUCUUCCUCUAAUUCCAUUUUGAAUCUUGCUAUUUUACUGUACUUGAGGAUCUCUUGCAAUUUAUGAGGGAGGAUUAAUUCGAUUCUUAAUUUUUUAUUAGAGUUUUGAAAAAUGCUUUAAUAUAAACUGGCACUUAAUGACAUAUCUAGAGGACAAUGAAUGAGUUGUGUGGUGGCUAGCACUGAGAGCCUGUACUCAAAAGAAAUGGAUAUGGUUGGUGGCUUGCCCUUGGUGCUACUCAUUAUACUAAACUGAUCAGAAACUUGAUUUUAGACACCAGGGCUCUUCAGUAUAUCCGAAUGAAGCUUUGAGCCUUUGUAAUCAGGAAUGCAUUGGCCGUUGAUCGUGAGGGGUAGGGUAUCUACAGUUUUAUAUGCUGUUUUGGUGUAGACGUAAAAAACGGCGUAUGGACCAUCUUUUUUGUGACUUAAUGAACUACUCAUAUCUAGUCAAAAAUAAUUUCUGGUAAAUGGUUGGUUUUGAAAUUCAUCAUCAUAAAAAAAAGAGAAUGCACAUGGAAGCCAGAGCAAACAUGUGAAAGAAACACAGAGCAAACAGAAGUGAAAGAAACACCAUCAGAAGAAUGUGCCUCAAAUUUCUGAAAGGAAAACCGCGACUCUUGUUAUUUUUCAUUUGUGAAUCAUUCAUGUUUGAAAUGAACAUAGUAAGCACCUGAUGCAGAAAGAGGCAUAGUAAAUCUAGUGUACAGACAUCGAAUAGUAAAGUGGAUGAAAAUAAUAUAUAUCUCUCCUUUAUUACCCACUAUUAACCUUCUUAAUAAGAUUGAAUUGAACUUCGUUUGCUAUUUUAACUAGCAGCGUAUCAGGAUGCUUUUGUUUUGAUUCUUGAUGUUAUGACAUAUAGUGAUUACUUCCGCGGGAUAUAAUUCUUGGAUCCAUCUUCUUCAUCCUCUUCUCAGGUUGUCCAAUUGAUGAUGGUGGACUCGAAAAAAGCUGUGUCUAUGUUGAUCAAACAUAGAGACGUAGUUUUUGCAUCUGAAGUUGUCAGUCAGCUAUUGUCUUCUAGUGGAAAGUAUGAUAAAAAGUAUUUGCUACACUUGUACCUGCAUUCAUUGUUUGAGGUUGACAUGAAUGCUGGAAAAGAAUUUCAUGACUCACAGGUGAUUUUCAUGAGCCUAGAGUAGAUCAUUCUUAGAAAAUUUGUUGAGAUAUUUCCACGAUGCUAUGCUUACAUGGUAAUGUUGCUUGAUCUUCUGGCAGGUAUUUAAACUAUGGCUCAGUAGCUUGUAAUGAUCUUCCCAUUUGUUUGAAUUAAGAUCAAUCAGCUUUGGUUGUCAUUCAUUUAUCAAUGCUAAACACUUUAAAUCUGACCAUUUUUUGUACCCCUUUAAAUAAACAUGCCUUGUUUGUAAGGUACUUGAUGCAGUGUGUUGUCAAUAACCAAAAAAAAAGACGUGUGGCGAUAUUCUUUAGUUAUGCGUAAAGGUUUAGAAAGUUUGGACUAGUGUUAGUGGAGACUUGUCUCUUAUUUAGAGUUUGAAGUUGUAUGUGUUGUAAGGAAGUCUCUCGCCAGGAUGAACUAAUUGUAGUUUUAAUUAUUCCUCGUAUUUGUCAUAGUUUACUUUGGUCUAUGCGCUAUAAGGUUACCAUAGGACUUGUAUACUUAUCCUAAAAACUGACAAUCAGUUUUCCACAAACGACUAGACAUAAAUAGGAUGAUCAUCUUGUUAAUGAUAUGAUGUCCAUAUUGCGUUAGGUUUUUUUGGAGUUAAGGAAUUGUUGAUCACACUUGUUAUCAUCCUCUAAAAUAAAAGUUUCUCUUCAUCUCAUAUGCCCCACUUAGUAAUGUGGCAGCAUCAACUUUCCAAAGAGGAAAAAAGGUACAAAAUUUGAGAAUUUCGUAUAUUUCGAUAGUGAAAAAUCUCUCAUGCUAUCAGAUUUUUUUCAGUGGCGCAGCUGUCAUGCAUCAUCACCUGGAAAAUUAAUCUCCAACAGACUUUCAUGGUCUGUGAUAGUAAUCCUUGCAAUAGAAUCCUUCCUUUCUCCUUGUCAUAUUCUCUGCUUUUACCUAGAAAAUUAUAUUUAUGAUAAAUGAGAGACGAGACGGGAAAAUCCCGUGUUCUUGGUUGCCAUACGAUUCUUAUUAGGAUCUUUAGAAUCUUGUUGUAUCUCACUACAUCUUAGGCUUCAGUAGACAGUACCUUCUUUCUCUGUUCAUCUUCCACACUAUAGCAUGCAGCAAUACAUUUCGAACUUGGAUCUCCUCGAGUGGUUUUUUAUUAGUCAAGACCCUUGUCAUUUCCUCCAGUGAGUUGCUGCUUGCCGUACAUUACAAAAUAUCUAAUGAUGGCAGUUCUCGUAAUCACAACUGUGGCCGUAACGAUGUUCAAUUUUAUUGGCUGAAAGCUAUAGUUGUUUGAACAAGAAACAUCGGAGAUGAUAUUUUUAUUCGUUUUAAUUUUGUUACUGCCUUCAUUACACAACUUAGCAGAAAGUAAUGAUGCCAGACAGAAAACAAGAUAGCCAUCUUCUAUUAUUUUUACACUGAAGUCUUACCUCAUUUAUUUGGAAAUUAUUUUUAAAAUAAGGCUUUUUAUUAUUUCAAUUUGAAGGUAGAGCUUUAUGCGGACUAUGAACCAAAAAUGCUGCUUCCUUUCCUUCAUAGCAGCCAGCACUAUAAACUAGACAAGGUGUGGAUCCAGGUUGCUUCGCCCAUUCAUUUAUAAUUGUUUGGAGACUAAUUUACAGUGCGUCAACCAGGCAUAUGAAAUCUGUGUCAAAAAGGAUCUUCAGAGGGAGCAAGUCUUCAUCCUUGGCAGGAUGGGGAACACAAGGAAAGCGCUUUCUGUUAUCAUUAAUAAACUGGAGGAUAUAAAGGAGGCAUGCCAUCAUAUUACCUCAACUAAUUUAUUUUUUUCUGCUCGGGCUAGUUUGAUUGGUGGAAACUACUGGGUGGUUAAUGGCAUGAACGGAUUGCAUCUAUUUGCAGGCAAUAGAAUUUGUGUCUAUGCAGCAUGAUGAUGAACUCUGGGACGUGCUAAUCAAUCAGUGUCGCCACAAGCCCGAAAUGGUACAUAAUUUUGACGGCUCUAAAUGCAUUCUGUUGCUAAACAGCCUUUUUUGUCCUCAACUAUUUGCUUUAAAACUGGUCAGAUAGGAGUACUGUUGGAGCACACUGUUGGGAACCUCGAUCCUCUUUAUAUUGUUCGAAUGGUUCCCAAUGGAUUGCGGAUACCCCGGUGAGCUCAUCUUCUCAAUAAAUAUAGUAAUAUUGUUUGAAUAAUCUUUUAUCAUUUAUAGAUUGUUUUAUCAAUAUCUAUGGUUGCACGCUGAAACUACCUUCUUAAUCUGUAACUUCUGUCCACGGAUGGAUUUGAUUAAUGCUUGUAGUACAUUUGGAUGGACGAUCUAUGAACACGAGGGGCUAGUGGGUCACAAUCUUUUUCAAUGUACUCUGAGACCAUCGUGACUAUUUCAACUUCCUAGAUGUUUACAUCAUUCAAUAAAUAUCAGUUUAUCGAAAUUAUCACGCAGUAGAUCAUAGAAUAUCUUUAUCGGGGACACUCAGGUUGACUGAACGAGUAAUCAUCUGAUGCCAGCCCUGAAAAAUUGUUUUCACGAGGUAUAAUUCUCUGUGAAUCUGAGGCGUAUCCAGUUUUUUGUAAGACGGAAACUGCUGGGUAUUGUUUCCUUGUACUGUAUGGUUUCUUAAAUAUUCUGCUGACUUUUUAGGUAGAUUUGUUUGAAUACUUUAUCGUAUCUUCUAAAAUUAUGGCCCUGUAGAUAAUCUACUGGAUAUAGGCUUUCAAAUCUUUAAAUUAUUUAGAUGAGGAAUUCUCUUUUUGUCUUCGUCUUCGAUUAAAAUAGCUGAAGAGGAUGUGUAGGAGGAUCCCAUAGCUCGUAACCAUAGCAAACAAAAAGUACACGUUUGAAAUCUGUUUUUCCCCUGUUUCUGAAGUCCCCAUGACCAUGAUGGGCUCUUGAGGAAACUGGUAUGACGAACUGUUCAUAUGUAAGCUGAAGGUACUGACCUAAUCCUCAGCUUCUUUUACUUAUUUUGGCCACUGAGGGAUUCUCCAGAAAAAAAAGGUACAAAUGUCAAGUUUUCAGUGAAGUUUACGUCAGAAGAUUGCCCCUGAAUCUCUCGGAAGAUUCCACAAUUACUGUCUCCUUGAUAUUUCGACCGUUAUUUAGAAGGCACAUUAGCUUCUCAGCUGUUUAUAAGGAAAACGCCAGGAAAUUACGAACAAACCGGUAAAAACCUGGUCCACUCUCCCCAUUACCAGACUAGAUUAAGUAGACAGGCGAGAACAGCAAACUAUUCAGAAAGUAGGAACCUUAAAGAAUCAAAUCACCCGUAUGGUUCGGCGCAAUUUUCCCAACUUGUAUAGCUUUACAGAUCUAAGUGUGUAUAUCACGCAGGCAAUUAUCGUAUACAGCAGUCAUCGGAUUGGUCUCCCCUUCUGUGCUUAAGCUGCAAAGAUGACUACUUGGCUUCUAUGUUUCACACUCUUCUCCAUGGUGCAGCCUCAGGGAUCGCCUGGUCAAGAUCAUCACAGACUACCGGACGGAAACUUCCCUUCGACAUGGCUGCAACGACAUUCUGAAGGUACAUCUGAUUCGGCUCGUACCACCCACACCUCACAGAUUAAAAUUCUUCUCCGGCAUCUGUGGUCUUGAGAUCUCCCAUGGUUGCUGGUAGGCCGACUGCGUCAACCUCCUGGUAAAGUACUACAAGGAGGCCAGGCACGCGGUCUACUUAGGAAGCAUGGAGGAGGAAGAGCUCGAGAAGAGGGGUCAGAGAGCUGGCUCUCAGACGACGGAGAGAGCGGCGGCGGCCAGAAAUACGGAGACCAAGUCCAGAACCAAGGGCGGCGGCCGGUGUUGCCUCUGCUUCGACCCCUUCUCCAUUCAAGACGUCCCCAUCGUCGUCUUCUUCUGCUGCCACGCCUACCACGUCCCGUGCCUCACGGGCAGCACGGACGCUGGCCCUCCCCUCGGCCGCAGCGGGAGCCGCGGACCGGAUGAGGACGACGGCGCCCGAGAAGGCGGAUCGCGCCUGCGCUGCGUCUUGUGCACGACAGCCGCUGGCUGA